AUGACAAAGAAGAGAAAGUCUCGAGCCAGGAAAUCUAGUGUUUCGAACGGGGUUUCGAAGUCACAGACGUCGCCGGCAGACCAUGAAUUAAGUCCUACUUCGCAAGCCAAUCAAGUAGAGUCUGAGGAAGAACAGACGGAACAGUCAGACAAUGCAAACGUUUUAGAAUCUCAAAAUUCACCUGUAUUUGUGAGGGAUAACAAUGUCGAUCAGUCCGAAAAUACGACGGAUGUUGUUCAAUUGCAAAGCCCAUUAUCUGUCGCUUCUGGCGAGGCUACGACGAGUUUUGCUUCAAGAGAAGGGCAAAUAGAUUAAGAACAACGACAGCUUGAGGUGGGUCUGAGUCAAAUUGCUUCUUUUUCGAAGAAAAACCCAGUUUUAUCGCCUUUAGCAGCUGUUUUUGAGUCUAACAUUAAUAAAAUUCGCGAUAAAAACACGGAAAAAUUAUCGACACGCGUGGGCGCCACGCAAAGUAUUUCCGCGCGUGAUAAUAUUCGUGAAGUGAACACGGUCGAACAAACACGCGUGAAACCCACGCGCAGCGAUCCCGCGAGGGAAAAUAACGCUCGGUUAGUGAGUUAUGAGGAAAAUGGGGCUGGCGCAUCGAGUUCAUUUGAUUCAAUGUGGGCAGAAAGAUGGCGCGAACUGGAAGAAAUAGAAAACGCGCGUAGAAAGGAAUUAGAUAAACAAAUGCAUGAUGCAAAACUUAAAUUAGAAAUGGAAAUGAAUCGAGCUAAAGCAGAGCAUGAAAUACUAGUGAAGCGAAGGGAAAUAGAGCGACAACAAGCCGAAUUACGUCAGUUAGAAGAAAUGUAUGGUGCUAGUACCAGGCCCCUACAAAGAGAUAAGGAUAGCAGGAGUGGCAAUGACAAUGUUCCGAUUAUCGCAGUCAACAACCUCAAAAUACAAGUAUUAGUGAUACCAUCCCACAAAAUCCACUGCACGAAAGUCCAGGUCAAUUACAAUAUUUAUUAGAAAGACAACAAAAUACGAUGGACGAGGUAGUCAGAGGCCUGCGAAUGCCACAGCGGGAGUAUAUGAGUUUUUAUGGUGAACCACGAAACUUUCCACUAUUCAUAAAAAAUUUCGAAGUAAAUGUAGAGAGUAAAGAAAGCAAUGAUGCAGAUCGACUCAACUACCUGAUUCAAUACUGCAAAGGAAAGGCGAGGCAAGCAAUAGAACAUUGCAUCAUCAUGCCGCCAGAAGAGGGAUACAAACGUGCGAAAGAAAUACUGAGAAAAAACUUUGGUCGAAAUCAUGUAGUAACCACAAUCCUUCCUGGAUAA